GGGUUGGAUUCAAAAGUGUUUCAGGGUUGGUGUCGUUCGGUUCGUAGUUCUUCUCUAUUUCAAUUUUCUAUAUAUUCACACAUACCAAAAUAUACUCCACAAAGCUCAGAGAUUUUUUCCUUCUCACUGCAACUUUAAUCCAUCUAUCAGUCUAGAUUAUCAGUUUCUUUCGCGAUAAUUCAAAAUCUUAAUUUAAAAACAUAAAUCUUUUGAUCUGUUUUUCUCUCACAACGAUAAAAAAAAGUAGUGAAAAUCGCAAAAUUUUCGUUCAAGUGGUGAGAAAAUAACUUUGAAAAGAGGUUCAAUGAACAUUUUAAAGACAAUUUCUUGUCUUGGAAUAGACAGUUCUUAAAUGUAUCUCUUAUCACUAGAGAAAAACUAAUCAAGAGAGACAAUUAAAUCAAGUUUAUAAGUAUAAAAAAAAUAUAGUGUAGUGCAAAAAGUGAUUGAGACACUUUUAAAGUUACUGAGAACAAAAAUCAAGAUACAGAAGCAAUAAAAGUAUCGACCAGAAAGCAAUAAAUUCGAGUGAAAUAUCUCUGUGCAAAGAGUGUUUGUUGAGCGCGAAGGGCAAAAAAAAAAAAACGAAAAAAAAGGAAGUGAAAUUGAUCCAAGGAAUCGGUGAAUUCCAAGUGGAGAACAUUUCUCGAUGGACGCAAAGGUUGAUGAAAUUCGAUCCAAAUACAGCAAAAAGAGUACUGCGAAGAAUCCAUGGCAAAAUACACUCAUUCACCAUGAGACCAUCCUUCGACUCCUGCCUACAUUAAUCUGGACAACUACGGCUGAUAUGGCUGAAAAAGUGCCAGGUCCUGGUAUUCAUCAGUAAACAAAUUACACUUCUAACUAAAAAAAAACCUUAUUUCUGAGGCAGUCCCUCAAAACCGACCCGUUUUGCAAUAAAAUCGCGUCUUUGUGACAUUUUCAAAAGUGAAUGAAAACAAGAGAUAAUCCCCUCUUGAUUGUGGACGUAAAAGAUUAGGAAACAAUUUAAUCCAAAAUACGAGAAGAGAUUUCUCCUAGAAUGCCACGGUGUUUGAUGGCCAAAAAAUGGAAAGCCUAUCCGUGGCCUGAUCGCGAAGAACCGGCACCGGUUGUGGAGGAGGAAGAGGAGAUCGAGAUUGAUGUUGUUGGUGACUCACCGGCAGCAGUGGCAUCUACUGCGGCAUCUGUGACGACCACUGGGAAGACCACUGUAGCUGUGGUGGCCUCCUGCUGGGGACCCUCGUCACCAACGGCUGGCGCCACGGCCCCCAGUCCACCCCCACACUCACCGGAAGCAACUCGUGGCUCGACAAUUCUGUACAAUGGUUAUGGACACGACAUUUCUCCGAUGCAUUUCACAGCGUACCUGCCCAGGAUUGAGCAUGAAGUUACUGUUAUAACAACGCCAGUGCAUGGUCAGCCAUCAUCGACAGCCGCAACGUCGUAUCUUACAUUACAAGCGCCUGUGGCUUCUUCAAGUGUUGCGGAACAACAAACUGCGCCAGCUAUUCCACCCAGAAAAUCCCUAGCGAUGUGCUUCACCAGCACGGGGGCAGCUCUAUCGUUGCCGCCCAAAAAGAAAGAUAUUUAUAGGCCAUACUCACUGGAUGACAGGCCACAGCCGCCGGCGCCAAUGCCGCCUCGUACUUAUGAGAUGCGAAUCCCAGCCGAGGAGGAUUUGCACGCUGCACAUGCCAUCUUGGACCUGAGCGCAUCAACGGCAUUUCUGCCGCCGCCUCCGCCGCCAGCCGCCGCAGAAAGCCUCCCUCCCAGAGCCAUUACUCCCCUAACCACAACUACUGUACCUGACCAUACCACGGAGAACAUGUCCAAAGAAGACGAACUGCUAAAAUCUCCAAGUUCCAAGACAGUGGCAUACACCUACGAGGCAUUCUUUGUUAGUGAUGGCCGCUCAAAACGCAAAUCGAAUGGUGAAGUGCCACCCGAUACUAAAACAAAGUACACAUGCACAGAGUGUGGAAAACAGUACGCGACAUCGAGUAAUCUGAGUCGCCAUAAGCAGACCCAUCGCAGCCUAGACUCACAGUCUGCCAAAAAAUGUCACACAUGCGGCAAGGCAUAUGUUUCAAUGCCAGCUCUAGCAAUGCACGUACUCACACAUAAGCUUUCUCAUAGCUGUGGCGUUUGCGGAAAACUCUUUUCGCGGCCAUGGCUGCUGCAGGGUCAUUUACGUUCACACACCGGCGAAAAGCCCUACGGUUGUGCCCAUUGUGGCAAAGCCUUUGCAGAUCGUUCAAACCUCCGAGCUCAUAUGCAGACUCACUCGGCUGACAAGAACUUCGAAUGCUCACGAUGCCAUAAGACCUUCGCACUGAAGUCUUACCUAAACAAACAUCUCGAAUCUGCUUGUUUCAAAGAGGACUCAACAGGAUUUUCAGAUACCGGCGCUAUUGAACCUGAUGUUCACAAACCCACAGGAAAUCUCGUCAUCGUGACCAAUGGAACUUCAAGCAGUACAUCACGAUCGGUGCACCAUCAAAUGACAGCCUCAUUCGCAGGGUAACGAACGUCAGCCGCUUAUCGCCUCAUUGGCUCACAUUUCUAAGGUAACUAGAUUGAUUUCCUGUCCCAUGUAAUUCAACCAUCAGCAGUACUCGGCGCCAAAUCGCGGUAUGGUGGAGAACUCCCUCUCUUAUUGGAGCCGGAGAAUGUGCGAUGUUAGGCAAAUUUUAGAGCAGUGUAAAUAUUUCUCCAAAAAAAAAAAAUAGUACCUUGUGCCCGUCAUUGUAAAUUUUUUUAAGUAUGAAUUACAAUGUCAUACAUUUGGAAUGAAAUCGCUUUUCCAGACAAUUUAAUCGUUUGCCCAUUAUUUAAAACGAAUAAUAUGCCACACAUCACAAAGUCAUUAGCAAUUUCAUAUAGAGAGCAAUUAAUAAGAAGACGAGAUUGUUAUUAAGAACUAUAGCCUAUAAUAUUGUAGGCCCAUAUUUUUCUUAGAAAUCCGAGAACAGAUUCGCAUUCUCAAGUUAUUCACUAGAUAUAGUUGUUAGUCACUAACAAAAAAAAAGGAAGUAAGAGUAUUAAGUUCAACAUUAGGUAGUUUUUACAAAGGAAUGACACAAUUUUAUAAAGGAAAAAAAAAGUGAACACUGUAGGGGUAGCCGCUAAAAAUUAGAUGCUCUAAUUGAGAAUAUGAAAUCACAAUACGUCCAAAACCCCUUAAAUGCAAAGAAAUUCAAUUGAUAGUGAUUAAAUGAUAAAACUAUGAAUGGGUUAUCUCCCUAACUUCCCUGUAAUACUAUCCCUUCUAAAAUUCUAAGGUACUGUUAGUGAUUCAGAGGAAACUAGCUAAUAAGAUAUUUCUCUAGUCAUUAAACAAAAAAAAACUUUAAGCUAGUAUAGGAAAAAUCCUCAUUGUCACAACUCAGAGAAAAAAAAUAUCUUUGACUCUAAACUUAGGAACGAUUCUCAUGCGCAAGUCUCGCACAGGGAAAUGGAACAGUCUCUCCAUAGAAAUCCCUGUUUCAAAAAAGAAAAGAAAAAUAUGAGAUAGUCAUUAAGAUUUAAGCUUUAUUAAAUAUUCAACUUUUCGAUGAAUUAUCCAUUCAUGGUUCAACAACGAACGACAAGCAACGUUUCGAAGACAACGAAAAUUAGAAUUUUAAUAUUAAUUGAAUUAUACACACAAAUCUAAAAAAAAAGGAAAUGGAAGCAAGAUGAUCCACACUCCCCUAAGACACGAGAAUACAGAUGUUGAGAAAUUUUAGCUUUUAAGAAGUAAAGAAAAAAUAUAUUUUAAAGAAUUACGUGAUUUUUGAAUGGUACAGUCGUGUGAGGUACAUUUAAGUAAAGGUCAAGGUUUUUCGAAUAUUGUAAUAUUACAAUGAAAUUGCUUUAAUUUUUCACACUUAUACUGAAAAUUAUUGUAAUUGAUUUUCCAUUCUGCUGCCAAAAAAAUAUAGCCUGGUUAGGUAAUUUCAUUAGUUCAGAAUAAAUUCUUGGAUAUCUUCCAAGAAAAACCGAUAAUAAAGAACGAUUUUUCAAAAAAAAAAAAAAUCAUAAAUUCAUAGGGUAAGUUUGCCAAAUUUCGGCAAGCGUCAAAGUCUCAAAUUUGAAAUGUAAUAUUUUAAAUUCAAAUUGAUUUUUUUAGUGUUGCUUGGAACCUUGUAGACAGUUUAUCGUCUUUAUUUACUCUAAAAUCAUUCUUAAUACAUUUUAAAAUGAAUAAAAAUGUAGACAUAGCUUUGGUGCCCUAUUUCGGCCACCUUCAUUCUCAUAGUUCCUUGCCCUUCGGGAAUUCUUCCAAUGUUUUUUUCACGUCAUCUCGCUUGUCGAAGCUACAUUUUUUGUUAUUCUUUUGCAUUGUAUAAUCUUUAGAGCAAGUAAAAACUUGAAAUUUAUGGAAAUUAGAGGAACAAAAAAGGUGGCCGGAAUUGCAAGCUGGCCGGAAUUUGGCACACUUACCCUAUAGCUUGUUUUGAUGUCAAUUUUCCAAAAUGUAGUCUGAUACAACGUGGCAUUUGUACAUUGUCCAAUAGCCUAUAGAUACCAGAUAAUCCUUUUAGAAAUCGUGUUAAAUGUACCAAAUUGGUAAAUAAUUGCAUGAAUUUCUAGUUGCCUGUUUAACAUUCUCGUUUAUAUUCUCUGGCCUAGGAAGAACAAUUGAAAGUAGAUUAUCUGUAGGAGCAUUAUAACAUUUUCCUUUAGAUCUUUUUUGUUCGGUUUAUAUACCUCCAAUUGCCGCAGAAGUACCAUCGACAUGCUUCACUAAUCACAAAUCGUGAUGACAUCAAUAUCAUCAAUCAUUGCAGUUUUUCCUCGCCUACCCUCGCACGGGUUUAUUUUUCCACUCCAUCCCCUCUAUACUCUUCUCGUCAGCUAGGGAAAUUUGGCCUCUUGCAAAGAUAUUUUGGUGAAAAGUUGUUGAUCAUUUUUUGAUUGCGCGCCUCGUCGUCAUCACUCUCUCUACUCGUGCUUUUGCUUUUUUUUGCCAUCAGCACACCAUCAUUUGUCAAUAUAAAAUGACGCAAAAAUGUUGAUCCCCUUCAGACUUUAGAGAGUGUCUUUCCUGGAAAAAAAAACUCCACCAAUGAAAACCCCAAAGGUGGAAGGAGAUAUUCCUCAGGAAUUGUUUGAAAGAGCUAUUCGAUUGAGUGUGAACGCAAGAAUAAAUCGUGGUUUUUCGAUUAAGAUAUAUUAACACGUAAUUCUAGUCACUAGGAGACACUUUAUAAAGAAAAUAAACAAGUGGUAUGUAGUCACGAAUUUUAUGGUUAAUAGGAAUUUAAGCACAAAAUUCUCUAUAAAAGAAAAUCAAGAAUGCUUCCACGAGAAGCAAUACAAUUCAAACAUAAAACAUUAAAUCUUUAUAUUUAGAUUCUCCUACGCUUUCUGACCACCCCAAAACACGUAAGGAUGGUCCAAUAAAUUUCUACACCCAAAUUUCACCAAUUGUGUCCAAGACCAAAAAGAAAAAGACUAAAGAAAAUCAUAAAAUAGUGAAUAAUGUGUACCUUUAGAUGAAAAAAAAAUGCCCACAGAAUCUAGUUCAGUCCCAACGUCCAUUUAGCUAUCGAAAAGGAAGAUAUUGAGGAAGAAUUGUGGCAAUGGCCAAAGCUUUAAAGCUUUUCACGCUCAUUACUAUAUACAUGUACAUGCAAAAUAGGUAUUUUGAGGCGUACCCAGAUUAUCACGAUAGGCUGACUGAGCAGCUGAUCUAAAUUAUAACCAAAUUUCUUCCUUCAAUGUACAAUUUCUCACUGAAUUGCUAAAACGAUUUUCGAGCUUAUGAGCUUUUAGUAAUUGAAUUUUCAUCUAUUCUAUUCUAAUUCUUUAUAUAUUUAAUCUACAUCAACUAUCGAAAUGACAUGGAGAAAUUAGCCAAUGGAAAUGAAAAAUUAACUGGAAUUUUAACCUGUUAACAAAUUAUUCUGGCUGACAAAUGCUGAACAAAAAAUUGAAAAAUGAUAUAUAAGUCUAACGGCGUUAUCACACUUGCACAUUAAAAUUUUAAUGUGAUUCACAUUAAUUGUCGCUUGUGAGCGUCCAAAUAUGUUAUUUGUGUCUUUGAGUCACUUAAUAUUUGGGGUUUUUCUAUUUAUUGAUAAAGAAGUGGACUUGGCCUGCAAAAAUAAGUUUAAAUUUACCUAAAGCAUUAAUAUUUUUCACAUUAAAAAAUUAAAGAGAAAAUCACAUUAAUUUUUCGCAUUAAUGCUAUAAAUCAAUUUAUAUCAAAUUUUGCGGGCCAAGUCUACCUUUUUAUCAACAAAUAUAUAGAUCAAAUUUUGAAUAUAAAAUGAUUGAAACACACAAAUUUCACAUUUUGACUCUCACCAGCGACAAUUAAUGUGAAUCAUAUUAAAAUUUUAAUGUGCAAGUGUGAUAACACAGUAAUCUUGAUGAUCCUUGUAAAAUCACUUCAGAUUAUGCAUAAAUCACUAAACCUAUACCAAAAAAUCCGUUCUUUCAAAGAAAAAUUAUGAAGAAUAGUGUUUACUUGAUACUAUCAAAGUUUUCGAUCAACUUAAAAUAAAUUGGUGGUAAGCCAGGUAUUAGGGAUAAAUUUUAAAAUAAACACUUGCUCAAUUUGCAAUUUCUCCUCUCAUUUCAAUAAAAAAAAAAACAUGUUCGAUGUCCCAUAAAUUUGGAUUUUAAAAUGCAAAAAACCUAUCGACGGCUCAGAAUAUAAAACGAAUAAGUCGUGAAUGGCCAACUUUACAGGAGAGUGAUUUCAAGUUAAGAUUUUACAUUUUGAGUAUAUAGGUUUCUUAAAAUUUAAAACCUCUAUAACUUUGAGAAUGAUUAACUUCCGGUAUAAUAUUCACGUGGAACACUGAAAGAAAUCCGAAAAAGUUAAAAUAACAUUUCUUAAAUGUUUAUUUUACCCUGCAGUAUUGAUCCGAAAUUGGUGUAAAUAUUAUGCUUUUCAUGUGUAUUACGGGUUAAAGUUACCCUUUUUCAUGUUAAUUUUACCCUUAAUAGGGUGUAAAUUUAACAUUAAAAAUGUUGAUAUAUUUUUACACCUAAAAAGUGUUAAAGUAAUGAGGAAAAAAAGUUAACCGCACCCUCUUUUUUUCUCAGUGAAGGUAGAGGGUGUCAAGGAGUAUCCAAAAAAUAAAAAAAAACUAAUUUUGCAAAAAAUCGACUUAUUCGACUUAUAUUCUGACAAGUCGGUAUAAUAAUGAUAUUUCCUAUAGGAUUUCUGCGUAAAACUGUAUAAAUUUUGCACUUGCAUACAUUUAAUUUGCUGAUGCUUUUUCAUCCAAAAUUCUUGUAACUUUUGUGCUAUCUAAUUAGGGAUAUAUUUAGAAAUUAGAUAAUUCAUUAAUUUCAUCUAGAUAUUAGAAUUAUAUGAAUCGUAGAAUAUUCUUAAAUAUUCACUAAAAUCUUCUUAAGACGAAUGAGUGUGAGUUUGGUGUGACGUAACUUCAAUUUUAUUUUUUUUUUCCCAAUUUUCUUUAGAUAUUCUUCUUUAGUAACUUAUUCUUUCCAAAGGCUAUUUUGGCGGGGAAAAAGGAAGGGUUUAGGUGCAAUAAUGAGUUGAUUUUGGAAAAAAAAGUGGAGCAGGCAAUGUUUUAAUUAAGAAAUGGUGUGUAAUUUAUUGAGCAUGGUUUUUGAGUAAAGCCCAAAGCCCUACUAGAAGAUUUUGUAUGUGGAAAAUAAAUAUAAACGUGGGUACACAUACAAGUCCUCUAUGGCAUAAAUAACAUAUGAAUUAAACAACAGUUAAGAGUACAUUCUAGUCACAAAUUAUGGCCACUGACGUCAAAGCAGGUAUUUGCUCUCAAUGGCAAUUAUAAGAGCUUACAGUACUGGGAAUGAUUGUUGUUUCUCAUGAGGAGCUGUUCAGAACAGGAAAUAGAAGGAUAUUAGGAUAGGAAUUAAAUUUAUUUUAACGGAAUUUAUGGCCAGUGGAAAAUAUUUCGAACACGGAAUUUUUUUUUUUUUGGCUCUCAUACAGUUGGCGGAAAACCAAAAAAAUACACUUUCUCAGAACAUUAAUGUCUCACUGUAAUUUUUCUUGACAUUUUCAUUUUUCUGACAUUUUAUUGAGAUAAUAAAAUACACAUCAAUUUCUUCUUGGAUCUCGUGUAUUAUGUACCGGAAAAUACUCAAAAUAUUUGUGUGUGGAAUGGGUAGUGUGUAUGAAUGUGUUUGAAAAAAAAAAUAAAAUUAUUAGAUAAUAGGGUCUUUGUUCCCGGGGAAUAUCUCACUCUAACGAGUUAAAUCGUCAAAUAUUUCUGCAUUCACUGUAAAAGAGGGGUGGCAAAGCGCGUCCCAUGUUUUGCAAAGUGCCCGAACUCGUGACUUCAAUGCUAUAUCUCAAAAAUACUUUUACAUUAUUUACCGUUUACUGAUUCAAAGCCGAUUUAAACCAAUUCAUAAAUCACUCAAAGUAUUUGAGCGGUAAUACAAUUGAUUUUCAUAUAAAAAUAGUUGUCGAUUCAUUACUGGUUCAUAACCGAUUACUGUUUCAUAACCGACUUUUCCAACGAGCCCAAACAUGACCCCUUCGAUUGAGGAAUAUGCUCUAUAAAGCCAUUUAGGUCUUUGAUCUUAAAAAAUCGGUAGGUGGAAAUGGGGCACCUUUAAAAGUGGGGCACCUUUGAAAUUAGGAUUUUUCAUCUAUUUUUAAAUAAAAUUGAGCCCAAUCGCGAUAUAAUUUAACUGCACAAACAAACUGAGAAACUAAAUUACUUAUUGAUAUGGCUCAAUUCCACUUAAACAUAGGAGAAAAAUCUCAAUUUCAAAGGUGCCCGUCUUUCAAAGGUGCCCCACUUCCCCCUAUAGAAAUAUUUCAAUGGUAUAUUAGUAGGGUGGCGGCAUUACGUGUGGCUUUUGUCUUUACUUAUGGCUUUCUCGCAAAAAAACACUACAGUGUCACAAAAUGAUUUAAAAAAAACCCAAAAAUUAGAAAUAUUUGAUGUCUUUUGAUAACACAUCACAUUUUUUUUUCGAAUCAUUUUCUGACAUAAUUUGCAAUCAGGUCAAAAAAUAGGCCAGAAGUAAUACCACCACACUAUACGGACGAAAUGUCCGCCUAGAUAGGGGAAAGUGCCCAUGCUUUACACGGUUCCAAGCUUUAUAAUGACUAAAUUUUUCCUAUAUUUUUCAAUAAAUGUGAUUCAUUGUACUAAUAUUUUAAAACUAGGGUACAGUGUCCUGUUUUUAAAAUAUAUUGCGGAGUCAUAUUUAUUCAGAGACAUAGGAAAAAUUUAGUCUUUAUAAAGCUUGGGACCGUAUAAAGCAUGGGCACUUUCCCCUACCUCUAAAACAUAUGCAAAAAUAAAAGAAAAAGAAAGAAAGGUUCGAAAAAAAUGAGAGGCAUGUUAACGGUUCUUAGGUCAACUUCAUGAGGAGGGGGUCUCUCGAAGGUCCUAAGUCUCUAUCUCCUAUAAUUUGGCUUCUUGGUCUAGUGAGAACCAAACAGAUCGACAAACAGCACGACGAAAAGCGAAGAUACUAGUAUGUUGCGAAAAGUAGUCCACAGGGGAUAGAAGCGGGGGUAGAAGGUGGAAAUGUUGAGUGGUGAAAAAAUCAAGGGACUCUCACAUACUGCUCUCUCUCUCUCUCUCUCUCUCUUUCUCUCUCUUUCUCUCUCUCUUUCUCUCUCUCUCUCUCUCUGUGGAGUUCGAGCAGGAAAAUGUUGAAAAAUACCUCCUCGUUAUUGGACGCUAAUUUUCCAUGUAUGUCAAAAAGCAUUCUAACAAUAAAGUUUUUCCAUAUGCAAACAUAGAGAGAACAAUUCAAAAGUUGAAUUUUCAGCUGGAUGCAUAAACAUUUGGUGUGUGCUGUAAAUGUACAAAUAUUGUCCUUGCAAUGCCACUUUACAUGAAAAUAUUUUAAUUAAUUUUUCCAUCAAUCGUGUGUGUGGUUGUGCAAGAUUCGUUCAUUCCAUUGCCAUUAUCUGAAUUGCAAAUUCGCAUAUUGUUCAACUAUCUAGUAAUUCCUUUAUACCAUCUCCAUGGUGGAUAAGAGUUCUUUUUUUAUUGUAUCGCCAUUGCCUGUUGACAUCACUUAUUCAUUUGACCUUUCAUCCUUUCGUAUCACUCCUGCAACUAUAUACAUGGCAGAAGGGAAUGAGAGGGCUGUCGAGAAGAAGAGUGGUUGUAUUGAGAGGCCAAGGGAAAAUUGUGAUUGGUGACAUGUUUGUUGAAAUGGAAAAUUCAACUCCAAGCACUUUCCACGAUGCACACUCACACAUACACACACUCCAAUUAAUCCUGUGCAAAUAAAACACUCGUGUUGGAUUUAAUUACCGACAGCAGGCGGCAAGUGGGUGGCAAUGAAUUCAAUGUUCAAAUGGAUAGCAAUUUUACCUUUCAAGUUCCAACUUCCAAUGGAUGAAGGGUUUUAUAGAAAAAGGUACAGUUUGUCAAUAUAUCCAAAAUAUUCACACAUUCGACUACAGAGGUGAAUAUUCUUUCAUAAUUUUCACUAUCAAAUAUCACACUUACCCUCUUUGAAGAACACUCACACUACAUCCUUUGAGAUGCGACCUUUAAUUAUAACGAAAAAUUGGUCGACGAUGGAUGUGAAUCUUAUUUCUUUAGGGCAUUCUGUUCUUAAGAAAUUGACUAAUAUGUCCAAUAAUAAGACAACAAAAAUCCCUGAAGAAGACACAACAGGUGUUGAAAGCUUUAGUAAUUUGUGUGUUUAUUUUUUUGUUGCAUUACAAUAUUUUGGAUUACGAUGCUCAUCAGGACAUUCUACCCUAAAGAAAUAAGAUUUAAUUACAAAAUCGAAAUUCGUGCAAUUGCCGAUAGAGUGAUAGACCAAAAUUAAAAAUUUGUUUUCAAUUAUAAAAUCCUAAUCACAACAGAAGUCAAUUAGAAUCCUCAAUUGAACCCUUGACCUUAAGGGCUGAUUCACAUUAUUUGUAAAAUCCUUAUCGUCACUAUCAAAGACCUCGUUACUAUUCUCAAAUUUAAAUAUUUUAAUUGUCACUAUCAAUCAAUUUUUUAAUUAUUUAGACUUUCCUAUUAUGCUAACUGUAGAGGAGGGAACGUCAGUCUCACGCAUGCAUUACUUUCGAAAAAACAUACUUUUAGGAUGAUAAGUGAUUAUCUCGGAAUUGUGCUACGUAUUUUUAGGUAGCCAAUAACCAAGCUAAACUAACGGAGUUUAAUUUUAUUUAAAUAUGGUUCAUAAUCAUUUAGUAAAUGAAUCUUGAAAGAAGUUUAACUGCGUCAAACUGCUUCACUCUCCCUUAUUAUAUUAUAUUCUAAAACCGUACGAUUUUAAUACGUACAUUUUUUCUCACUGAUUAUCGUAUCGUCAUCUUAUUCAGUCUAUUUUCUUAUAACACUUUCGCCUAAUCUCAGAAAAAGUGCAAUAAAUAAAUUUGAUAAAUACAAUGCAACCCUUUAUGCCAAAUGAUAAGGAUUUGAAGACCAAUGUGAAUUUGACCUGAAGAUUAAAACCUUAUUCGUGAGACAUAUUUUUUCAAUGGAUAAGUCUCUUUUAUUCUGUUUUAUCAAAUAUUUUACUAACUAGGCCAAUUUGGAGGAAUUCUAAUAAGAAAACUCUAAACUAAAAAAAAAACAUUUGAUAGAAGUCCCAAAAACGUCAAUUUUUUAAGUAAACAAAAAUCAUGAAGAGAAAUAUUAAAUUGCAAAGUCUAUAUUCAAUUAUUCAAAGUAACAUUCAAGAAGAGUCUUGAAAUAUAAAUUGAUAAAUUUAUGAGGAUAUAUUAGCAUUGAACAGACUGGGCCAUUGCUCUUUUAAUCGAUUUUCAAAGAAGCAAUGGAGAAGUGAUAUGACACCUUCAUUUUUUUCGAUUGGAUAACUCACUGAGAACAGCGCCAUCUAGUGUAAGAAAAAUUUCCAAGGCGGGAAAUAUUUUCAGUUGUUCAAAACAAUGUAAUUCACAUUAUUCACAUGUAUUUUAUACUAAACUUUAAUUUCACUAAGCCUAUACUCAUUUUAAAUGUAUUUCAAAAGUUUUCACAAGAGUUUUAUGAGUAAAAUAUCCUUUGUUUUAAUUUUUCCUGGCAUCAGCUGAUUUCGAUGGUGAUCGAUGAAAUUUCGAACAGUGAAUUCAAAAUAGAGAAUGUUAACGGACUAUGUAAUAUGAAAGUGUCAAGAAAAAGCAAUUGACCGGGCAAUUGCUUUUUGCUUUUUGUUCAAGGUAUUUAAAUUUGGCUAAUUUUACUAAAAUAUCAUUUUCUUUUUACAGAAUAUUGUCUCAGAGAACGGAAAAAGAUCAAAUUGAUGCAAAAAUUGGUUUGAUGCCUCAAUUUUUUGAAUAUUUUUUCCACGUGUAAAAAAGCAAUGAAGGAGUAAAAAAGCAAUGACCAUGUAGAAAAGCCCAGUCUGUUCGAUGUGAUUAUAGCGCGUUGUGUGUAAUUUAUUUGAUUUAAAUUACUGAAUGCAUUUACGAGAGCAAAAGAUGCACUGUAUGAUAUUAAAGUUGCGAUAUGAAAGUACUAAAGAAAAAAAGAGAUUAAUAAAGUGCGUGUGAUUGAAAACAAGGAAUAAGUGAGCAAUUAAAUAAAUAGCAAUAUAUAUAUUGUAUUUCGAAAGAAGAAAAAAAUUGUUUCUUUAUUUAAAAGAAAAUGAGAAAAAAGAACGAGGUUAUAACGUUAAAAGUCUUAUUCGGCAGGCAAUAAAGUGAUGAAGUUUUAUCAGAGAUGCAGGCAAUUCGAAAUGAAAGUCAUUUUAUUAUAGCUUAACAUGUAAGAAAAUGAACCCAAAAUAAAAACCCUUUUGGACUCCCAAGCAAAGAAAAAAAAUGUAGAAAUUAGUCUUUAGAUUAUUAUGGAAUAGUGAAAAAAAACUCUGUGAUUAUAAGUCAAAUUUAAUCAACGAAUUGGUAAGCUUAGGGUCACUUCUUAAUUUUCACGUCUGCUCUAUAAAUAACUCUCUUUUCUAUAUAUUUCCUGACGUUUUCAUAUGAAUACGGUUCCAUAUUUUUGGACAUCAUUAAAUUUACAUUUUAAAGUAAUGGCCUCUUCGAACUACGUAAGAACUUUCUGUUAAUAUUUGGCAUAUUAAAGCAAAACGUUUCUACAGGAAAGGCUGUCAUAAUUUCUUCAAUAUAGCAAAUAUUAACAGAAAUUUCUCAUUGUGUAUAGAAGGUGUAUAUAUGCCAUACAGAAAAAAUGGUCACUAGAAAAAAUGGUUAAACAAUACAAAAGUAAUUAAAUAAUAAUUUAAAUAAUUACAAUAAACAAAUCAGUAAAUAUCUGAAGUUUAAGAUGAUUUGUGAUCUCUUUAUAUAUUUUAUUUAUUCAUUUUAUUUAUUUAUUUUUAUUUAUUUACACAAAUUUAUCACAAUAAGUUUCGAAAUAGCUAUCAUUUUUCUUACUGACGUUUUCACCUAAUUAAAUGAAAUAAAUAAAGUGUCAUAUUUUAAUUAAUGUAUUUAUUUAGGACACUCAUUUGGAUAGCUCAAAAUAUCCAGAUUUUCGUAUUUUAAUCUUUUAAUUUUUUUUUAAAUUUUAAUUAAACAGAGAAUUAUCCCUACACAAACCCUGAUGAAAUGUAAAAAGUUCUUAUUAUUUUAUUAUUAAAAGUGAAUGAUAUAUUUUCCGUAUUCAAAUACUGUAUCCUUGGAGUAGCUGAGUGUGACCUCAGUUCAAAUAAUACUCUCAACGAAAAGUUGAUUGCUAUUUACGUAAGGUCUUUCACAGUGAACGACCAGUCAAUUAUCUGAAAAUCUUUCACACCUGUUCCUUCCCUGCUUUCAAAAGAAAAUCUUUCAAAAUGUAAUAAUUGAUAUAUCAAAUGUGAUAAAUAUUAUUAUUACAAGAAAAGCAAUAAAACAACGCAAUUUAAAGAAACGAAAAUUAAUUCAAAGCAAUACCAACUUUUUAGUCGAUUUUGCCUGCAUUUCUCACAAUCAUUCGUCUCGACUAAAAACGCCGAGUAUCCAAAGCAAUAACAAGUAGUCAGUAAGCCCUCCGUGGAUCACAAAAAUGUAUAGAAUGGAUCCCGGAGUAAAAAAAAAACAAUUGAGAUAAAAAUAAGCAAUUAUUAUAUUUAGAAAUGAAAUUGAAAAGCAAAAAUAAUAAAAUUGUGUAUUUUAAGGCAUUUACCAAUUAUGCUCCAGAUCAUUUUUGACAUUCUUUCACAAUUUACUAAAAUUAAUUAGACAAUUUAGGCACUAUAUACAUCAAUUUACAAAGAAAGAAAAAAAAACAUAAAUUAGGCGUCUUCUUGGAAUGGCGUAUGCUGAUACAUAACUGGUAGAGAAAAAUUGAUAUUAAAAAAAUAUUGAGUAAUUGAAUAUUUAUUCUAAUAGGUAAAGAAAUUAUUACAAAAAAAAUAUUGUAAAAUAAAGUAUUAUAUAAAUUCUGAAAUGAAAAUGCACUGUACAUAUGAGAAUUAUAUAGAAAAUUGGAAACGAAGCUCUAAAAAGUUGUAAUUAAAAAAAAACUUAGAUUUCUAAAAAAAAAAAGACAAGAAACUGAAAAGAAUGCAAGCCGGAAAGGUUGUCAAAUACCGUUUUUAGGCUGCCGAGGCGUGCUGACUACUUCAAAUGAGAUAAAUGAGGAAAAAAAGUAAAUGCUUAGCCAGAUGAAUAGGAAAAAUAAAUGAACUAACUAAAGAUGCUUAGACUAAAAUUCUUCCCCCAUUAGAAACGUUAGUAAAACAUGAAAAUGACGUCAUCACUCUCCAUUUUUGCUGUAACUCUCAUUCACUUAUUCUCUAACUAAAUAAACUUUAAAAGUAAUUUAUAGAGCAUUCUAUGGCGAAAGUGAAAGGAUAAAUUCUAGUAAAAAAAACUAUAUUUUAUGAGAAAUAUAUAUAAGCUAUUAAUAAAAUUUCCCUCAACACUAUGAAAAGAAAAAAAAACCGAAAUCAAACAGCAAAUGACACAUUAAUCCUGGAAACUUCAAACGAAUUAAUUAAUGAACCCAAAAAAAAAUUCAAAUGAAAUCGACAUUGUAAACUCUUACUAUUACUGUAUAGAAUAAUAUAUUCUUAAAAUAUACACCUUUGAAACUUUUUAAAACAGAAAAGAGAAAAUAUAAUUCAAAGAUUAUGAUGAAAAUUUAUCUUAGAAAUGAUGAGUACUUAAAUUACAUUCUCUCUCUCUCUGUCGAAAAUAGAAAUUAAAACUACUUUAAUAUUUAUAUGAAAAAAAAACAAAAUUAUUUGAUUUGUUUUUCAAAAUACAUUCGUCAUCAACUUGAGAAAUUACUUUUUAGUUUUAUCCUGCAUAUUUCUCAAUUACUGUCGUAGAAACGAAAACACUGAAAAUUCCAAUUUGAAAUUUAAUGUUCUCAUUUUACUCUUUUUGAACUGUUCCUAGAAAACAACAUUUUGCAAGUUUCUUAACUAAUUGAACAUGUAGUAUACAGACUAAAAAAAAUACAAUUAAUGAAGAAAUUAACACAAUGAAUUGAUGAGAAAGAACUUCAACAGAAUUAGCUUUAAUAUUGAAGUCGUAUUUUUUAAUUUUGGGCAUUUUCCAGUAUUUUUCACUUUUACUUUUAAUAAUAACUGUGCUCCACAGUACUCCAGUUUUAAUUACAAAACAGAAAUAAUAAAUAAACAUUAACCGUAUGAUUUUCAUAUAAACAUUGAAAGGUGAGUAAACAAAAUAUUUACUUCAAAAAUGUUACGAGUAAAUAUCUACAAUUAUAUACUUAUUGCAUAACAAUUACAUAUAUUAAAACAUAAAAAACACUAACGUAUAUAUAUAUACAUAUAUGUAUAUGUGCAUAUAUAUGCAUAUAUGUAUAAUAAAUACAUUUAUAUAGUGAGAAGAUGAGGACGAAAAACUGCUACAAAAUUUUAUGUAGAAUUUUUAGAGAGAGUUUAAAACAAAGAAGAAAACACACAGAUGACAAAUAUUUAGAAUGGUCAUUCGCAUUCAAUAUUUAAUUAUUGACUUGAAACAUUAAAACAAUUAAUGAAAAACUAUUACCUAUUACUAUUAUGAAUAUAAAAAAAAAAUGAAAUGAAGAAGUUAUUGUAUUAUUGAAAGAAAAAAAAAUAUACUUUACAUUAUUGACCACAACAUAUAAAUGAAAAAAUGGUGGAAAAGAUUUAAAAAUGAAAAGGAUUAAUACAAUUGAAAAUACAUAAUUAUACAAUGUAAUUUAUAAUAAUGAAAUAUGGAAAAAAUAAUGAAAAAAAAUCCAUAAAGACAUAUAAUAGCAAGUUUUGUAUUAUAUUUUCAUAAAAUAAAUAGUGUAGAAAAUAUUUAUGAAUU